GUGUGGGUUGCGUCUUGCUUGCAUCUCUCAUCUCGACUCUCGUCUCCUCUUUUCCUCUUACCUCUUGAAAAGACGAGUGUGGUAAAACGCAGCGCAGGCUCUAAUGCUGAUAGCGUCUAGCAGAUUAUUCGACCUUUGGUUUUCUUGUCGCGCCUCGAUGGCUCUCGCGAGCUCCUGGCCUUAUUAUCUUCUCCAGUUUCUGUCCGUGGCGUUCUCAAUACUUCUAGACCCUAAGCACGGCUUCCUCUGGGAGUGACUAUAGUGAAUAAGCUGCUAGUGAAUCCAUUCCUCUCAAAACAAUCUUCGAGAGCUUCAAGUUAGGUCGUGCGUCACUGGGUUUAAUUCGCUAUUGAACUAAGCAUUUGACGUAGUUUCUAGAAGCCUGACGGAUGUCCUUCAGUCGGAUCGCGAAUCCGAAGGAAUCGACGGCUGGUUUGCAGUCCGCAGUAUCCGGGCCGAAGCUUCGGGCCGGGCUUCGCGAAAGCUAGUCCGUAUUCCAGUGUUCGGUAUCCCUGCGUGUCUGUAGUAGGCGAAUUGGCUCUGCAGGAGUCUAGCGAAACAGAUUCCCUGGUCUGAGGCGGCUCGGAGUAGUCUGGGAAAACUAUUUUCAGCCAUAGAAAUGGCAAGGCCACAGGUUUUCGCGCGCGUUCUACUGAGACUGUUCUUGAUCGCGCUCGCAGCAACGAUACUAUGCAGCCACCAUUCUGGUCGCCCGUCUCUGAUCCCACCAGUGGGCGCGAUUCAAGUCGACCUGGCGAAAGCGAAGUUACCGUUACCGCCGUGGGGGCAGGGGCGCGCGAAGAUCGACCUCGCGAAACUUAAGCUACCGAAGUUACCACCGUCGCCGUACGAGCGCGAGUGGGCGAAGUUUCGCCAGAGCGACGGGCUGCUGUCGCUGGACUACGUGAAAUCGCUGCAGGCGCAAGCUCGGACGAGUGCUACGAAGAAGAAGAGCGGGAGUGAUGUCUUUAAAGUCGUCUUCUGUUCCCCCACGCCCUCUCCCCCUGCCCAAGACGGCAACCUGUUCCUCAACCCUAGCAUAGAGCAGGGCACCACGGCCUGGCAGGGGUUCGGCUAUGCGCCGAUCAAAGCCGUGCAGAACACGACGGCGCCAAAGCCCUUCUCCUACCUGGUGGCGUACAACCGCUCGUACACGUACGCCGGGCCCAAGCAGAGUAUCAAGAACGUGGCAGCAGCGGCGUAUGAGCUGGCGGUGUGGGUGCGGAUCGAUGCGGGGGAGCGUCAGUAUGUCACUGCAACGGCUAAGAUCAAUGAUAAGUACGUGUGCAUAGGAGGGGCCAACGCUCGCUCCACGUGCUGGACGAAAUUAACAGGGGGCUUUACCCUGCAUGAGCCGGCUGCUGAGGUGGCGCUGUACGUGCAGGGGGCGGCGGUGGGGACCGAGAUCUGGGUGACGUCAGCAUCGCUCCUGCAAGUGGAUAUGGACAAGUGGAGGAGCCGACAGAACGAGAAUAUAAAGAAGUACCGCAUGCGCCCUGUGCGGUUAUCUCUGCAAGGCCUGGGGCUCAAUAUAGUGCCGGCACGCGUGCAGAUCGACCAGGUCUCGUCGGACUUCCCCUUUGGUGCUAACGUGAAUGGCGCUAUUCUCUACGACACUGCUUAUCAAGAGUGGUUCUUAAAUAGGUUCAACUGGGCAGUGUUCAACAACGAGGGCAAGUGGUACUUCAACGAGCGGCGGGAGGGGGUGGAGGACUACAACGUGACGGAUGCGCUCGUGGACUGGUUCAUUGAGAGGAACGUGAGCGUGCGCGGCCACAACGUGUUCUGGGCGGUUGAGAAAUUCGUUCAGACAUGGGUCAAGAAUCUGAACGACACUGCCCUGUGGGCGGCCAUGCAACGGCGCAUGAACAGUGCGGUACCACGGUAUAGAGACAAGGUGCAGCACUGGGACGUGAUCAACGAACCGCUGCACGGCAACUACUUUGGGCAGCGCCUGGGGGAGGACGUGCACUCGUGGAUGUUCAAGGCUGCCCGGGCGCUGGAUCCCAACGUGCAGCUGUUUCUGAAUGACUAUAAUACCGUGGAGCAGUGCGACAGAGGGGCCAACCCGGAAGUUUACCUCGAGAAGGUGUGGAAUUUAAAUGCCAGCGGUGCGCCAGUGACAGGCAUUGGCGUGGAGGCACAUUACAGUGGGGAGCCCCAGCUGGUCCGGCUGAAGCACGACUUGAAUCGCCUCGCAAUGGCAAAGCUCCCCAUCUGGCUGACAGAGCUGGACUUCAGUGAAGUGGAAUCAGACGAUCAAAGGGCGGACUACCUGGAGGCGGUGAUGCGGGAGUCUUUCGCCCAUCCCAGUGUGGCCGGCAUUGUGCUCUGGUCGGCCGGCCGCUCCACGUGCGCCUACUAUAAGGACAUCGACCCGGGGAUGUGCAACCCGUGUGACGCAUGCCUGGCAGACUCAAGCUUCAAAGAUAACGAGGCUGGGAGAAGAUAUGUGCGCCUGCGCAAGGAAUGGUCCACCCAUGUCAGCAGAGUGCUCUGGCUCGGCAAGGCCAUGAAAGUCAGCCCCUUCCCUAAGACCAGAUACCAGGCCCUAAGAGCUGAGUGGAGCACUCACUUCGCUAGACGAACUCGGCUGGGUUUGCCCCUCUCCUUUACAGCCUUCCACGGCAGGUACCGAGUCAGAGUAUCGUUCAGAGGUCAGCAGGUGGAGCGGUUCUUCGAUGUUCCCAAGGGCGCUGGCAGGCUGAACGUGGCCGUCCAACUGUGACAAAGAAGGGAACGGAUUGCAACGGUUGGGGUUGGCAACCACAGUAUUUUUAGCCAUGUCAGGACUGUGACGAAUAAGUGGGUGGAGCGCAGCAGUUGCGCACUGCAAGGCAGCGGACGGCAGCAGUUGUGCACUGCAAGGCGGCGGACGGCAGCAGUUGCGCACUGCAAGGCGGCGGAUGGCAGCAGUUGCGCACUGCAAGGCGGCGGACGGCAGCAGUUGCGCACUGCAAGGCGGCGGACGGCAGCAGUUGCGAUUGGCUCUCACAAGCCAAGACGUGUCUCACUGGCAUCCUUAUUGCAGUCAACUCUCCUUUCCCAAGUCAACGAGCCAGUUGACCGCUGGUAGAUCACGUUUCGAUUACGCUGGGGCAAUGUGCGUCACAGCUGCACAGACGGGCUCUGACCGCUCUACAGCAGCAGGGCCUAGAACGUGCAGCAGCAGGGGCUAGAACGUGCAGCAGCAGGGGCUAGAACGUGCAGCAGCAGGGGCUAGAACGGGCUAGAACGUGCAGCAGCAGGGGCUAGAACGUGCAGCAGCAGGGGCUAGAACGUGCAGCAGCAGGGGCUAGAACGUGCAGCAGCAGGGGCAUUAGACUAGAUUAUGCAGCAUCAAGUACUGUACAGCUCACAGCAGGGCUUGCUGUCAGAGCAGGGCUACACGACACUGUACCUGAUGCUGUUAGGCGCCCUGUGACACUACACUGUAUCAUGCGGCUAACAAAGGGGGCGAUCGGCAGUUGCAAGAGCGCCAGUCUCUGGCUCAAACUCAUGGAAACAUCAAAUAAUUCUGUUACUACAGCACAGACCUAAGAUCUCUUUGUAGUAGGCAAGCAGCAGUUGGUGGUGCCAGUCAGCUUGAUUGCUGACUAGUAAUCACAUGUAUUCGUACGUAUACUACUAUGGAAAC